GUAAAGAGUACCUAAAUCGAUUCCAGAAUCGAUUGUGUGUACCCAGCCUAAAUAAAAAAAAGUUAUCCUACCCGUUCUUUUCUAGCCUAUGCCUGUCCCUACAAUUCUCUUCAUUCUUUUUUCGUGCGAGGCAACGGUAACACGUUAACCUAAAAUUUAAUUUCUUUUAAAAAAAAUUCACGAAUACUUUUAUUAAAAUGCCAAAGCGCAGUAGUGAAGCGAAGAUUCAGUAUUAUGAAGCAAAAUUACAGAAGUUACAAGAAAAACAAAAAGCCACACCGCCGGCUGUGCGCCGACGAUGUAUAGUUUAUUCAGAUUCAUCAACGGAUGACAACUCAGACAACGAGCCGCUGGCCGAAAACCUGUCACCACAACCGGAAGAGCAAUCUCCCGUGGUACUCGUAACGAUUGAUGCUCCGCCUGAGCCAACCAAUACUGAUACCCUGACGCAAGUGGACGAGUCGGAAGAAAUUGAUGUCGAGUUUCUUUCGGCUUUAGGCGAUACAACUCCGGAAACGCCUAUGUACGGCGAAAAAAUUCACGAGACAUUGGCGCAAAGAUGGUUGCCUAUUCUCCGCCGCGGCUUGCCUAAGGAGGCAGCUGAAUCAUUACUAAAGGAAUAUAGGAUUCCCGAAAAUUGUAAACUGUUGAGAGCGCCAACACUCAACCCAGAAAUAAUUUCGGCCAUAAACGGUGCUGCCAGGGGCAGAGAUAAGAACAUCGAGAAUCUCCAGCAACAACUCGGCCUGGGCAUAACUGCUAUCAACCGAGCCAUGAAUACACUGGUUACUGGCAGCGGUGAUGAUAAGCAGGAUAAAGUCCAAGCUGUUAAGGUUUUAUCUGAUGCAUGCCGCAUAUUAUCUGACCUUCACUAUAAAGAAUCAGAAUCCAGAUCAAAUUUAAUUUUACCAGGACUGGACAAAUCUUUCCUUUCUGUCAUUCAAGAUGUAGAAAGGGACGAGUCGCUAUUUGGAAGUAAACUCGGUGAUAAGAUCAGAGCAUCUCAGAUGAUCGAGAAACAAGGACUCCAAAUUAAAAAAGUCGUCACGAUCCAGAAACCUCCUGCGCCGUCCACGUCCAAGUCGGCUAACGGAUCCCGCUACCAGGGAAACUGGUCCACGCCUUCCCGCUUCCAGCCGUCGUCGUCGAACAGGGGGGGGAGGGGAGACCCAGCGACGCAGAGACCAACGUAUCCGUCACGGGGAACGACACAAGCGAAGGGCAGCUACAACAAGCAGCGUGCUCCUCCACGCCACUAAACUUGCCAACGGUGUCCACCGGCCAGGGAGCAUACCCUGGCUGCAGCGAGGCUCUGCGGCUCGCGCUCAUUAGAAGAGGAACUCCGGAGGCUGCCUUAAAUCUGACUAUUGCAUCACUGGCCCAGAACACGUUGAAACAAUAUAAUGUUUCUUUCAAAAUUUGGUGGACAUUUUGUCGAGAUAAUAAUCUUAACAGUUACGAACCUUCUAUAUCCGAUGUAAUUUUAUUCUUAACGGAACAAUUCGAUAAGGGUUCCGCGUAUGGAACUCUGAAUAGUCAUCGUUCGGCACUCUCCCUCCUAUUAGGAGGGAAAGUAAGUGCAGACGUCAGAAUCAAACGACUCCUGAAAGGAGCGUUUAAACUAAGACCUUCUGUUCCAAAAUAUACCUCAACGUGGGACCCACAAGUUGUGCUAAAUAAUAUAUCAAAUUGGCCCUCAAAUAAAGAUCUUUCAUUAGAACAGUUAACCAAGAAGUUGGUUAUUCUAUUAGCAUUAUGUACAGCGCACAGAGUACAAACGCUGUCACUAAUAAAAAUAAAUAACAUUAAAUCUGAUGCAAAUGGA